CAGGUUGAAGAGCUGCUAAAGAAUUAUGAGAAUGUUUGUACCCUCCGUGUUAGGAUGCCCAUCUCAUCAGAUCUUUCAAAUCCACGCAACUUCAUCACCAAGAUCACCAGGUAUGAGAAGGUUGUUGACAUCCCCAACUCGAUGACUAUCUUGGAUGAACUUCUUCCCAUCUCCAUUGAAAUGGCAAAGAGAAAUCUCACCGGGAUCUGGAACUUCACCAAUCCUGGUGUGGUUAGCCAUAAUGAGAUCCUGGAGAUGUACAGAGACUACAUCGAUCCAAACUUCACUUGGAAGAAUUUUUCUCUAGAGGAGCAGGCAAAGGUGAUAGUUGCCCCUCGGAGCAACAAUGAACUUGAUACCACCCAGUUGAAGAACGAGUUCCCAGAGCUUCUGUCCAUUAAGGAGUCCCUGAUAAAGUAUGUGUUCAAACCAAAUCAGAAUACUUCUGCAGCCUGAAAAUCGAAUCUCUGUUUACUCAGCUGAUGAUAAAUGUAGUACUUUCUGGUAAGAAUGAAUGCAGUUAUUUCAAUUAGUGAUGGCCACGCAUUCAUCAAGUAAUAAAGAGUGAUGAUUAAAUGUUUGUCAUUGCCGGAUACCCUUUGCCUAUCCGGCUCAGUACUCUGAACAGCAAAGAGAAAGUGGAAUCUUAUCUCAUCCGGUUGUUAUUGUCUAUGACAUAGGAGCAGAUUAGGCCUUCUUCGCUAUGUACUCCCUUGAUUUCUGUAGAAAAAUGCUUAUGCAAGUUUGUGUUUUUCUUUUGGUAGUAUUUUUACGGUUAUAUGUAGUUCAUUAUUUUUUGUACUUCAGAAUGUCAAAAUAAUAAGUUAUUGAUUCAAAAACCAAAAAAGUCAAAUUAAGGUUGUUUAGAUGAUCAAUUU